AUGGUGUUUUGCAAAGAAGACAACAGGGCGCUAUUACAAGCCCUAAAAAAUCUUGUUCAAAGUGAUCGAGAAGCUGGAGAGCAUGUUCCGCCAAAUUUCGACAGCAUACUACAAAGUUUGGAUGAGAUGUCUGCUGAAAUCGAUGACCUGGUCGUUCCCAAUUUGUCGGCAGACAUUCGGACUACAUACAGUCCUGGCCGUGAAGAAUUUGAGAUCUUGCAAGCGUACAACUCUUUGAUUAAGGCUGGAGGCAGACCGAUAUGUCCGCUUAGUGAGACGGCAUCCAUAUCUAAACACCCCAGAAAGCACCUUGAACUCCUGGGCCCAUGGGUCAAGGCCCCCUUGGUCGACUUGGCGAUAGAUUGGAAAGGCAUCUUUGAGAAACAACUUUCCAAUUGGCAACACUUUAAGGCUUGGCAGCAAUCCAACAGGAAAUUGGAGGCCUUGCCGGAUACAGAUACACCAGAGACAUUGCUACAAGCCGCCAGCGAUGGAGCAAAUCGCCCCCUAUCCAGUAGUUGCUACAGCUCGGGAUCUAAAAAGUUUGCAGCGCAUUUAGCCAUGGCCAGAAGACGGCUCAAUCACUGCGGUUUUACUAAAUGUUUCACAUUCGACAUGGACUUGGGAAGACAGGACGAGUGGACAACUUGGAUCGAGUAUUUAAGUUUCGAGUGCUAUUGUUGCGAUGCCCAUUCUCGUUCACACUUCAAACCUGCUUCAGUUAAUGAUGUAGAGUCUGCAAUUAGCCUAGAUCAUGUUUCCUCUCUGGUUGAAAAGGAGCACACGAGCAGGCACUGUGGGAUUGACGGUUAUUCUCGUGAUGGCACGUCGACCCCCCAUCAUGCUAGCAACUGUGACAGCCCGAUGAAUUCACCACAAGAGGGUCAAUACGACACCCACGCAUCUAGGAAGGACGAAUAUGGCGCAGAUGAGGGUGCAGUUUCGAAAGUGGAUGGUAUCAGACCUUGGUUAGGCGGGUUGAUUGCCUCGGGUGGUGGUGUAACACACGAUGGAACGGGGACGGCUACUGGAGAACCCAAUGAAACGAAUCACCACAACCUCAUCCUACGAUGGGCUCUACUUCAAGAGCCUCAAAUUGCUGCCAACUCUGCUACGAGUCAAGGACGCAUCAGUGCUACUGGAAAGCCCUGGCCAACUACUCACAGUCCGCGACGCAAGCGACAUUGGGAUGGUUCUCUUUGUAGCAAGAGGCCUGGUGUUUUCCAAAGUGAGGGCUUGGGAAAAAACAACGAUGGUGGCGAUCCGGAGCAUAAACGCUCCAGAAAUAGUAUAUGA